AGAUCAUUGUACGACACUUAAAUUAUUUCUUCGUAAAAAAUCAUUACCCAGCACUCAAUCGAAUGCGUGACAGAAUUGCACUCAUCGUCGUGAUAAACUAUUCCAAAACAAGCCCGCGAACUCGAUUCAAACGGAAUUUAUGUGCGUUUCAUUUCUUUCCAUUCGACAUAGAUGUUAAUGUCGCCCAGAAGACUCACUGCCACAUAUCAUUCUUCUAUUCCAGAAAUCCGUUUAAAGGCAAAGUGUUCCAUGAAUACCAGCACGAAGAUGUGUACAAUGGUGUGGUAAUUGACUACCGUGGAAAAGAUGUCACACGGGAUAACUUCUUGAAAGUACUAAAAGGCGAUGAGGAACUUGAAGCCAAAAAGAAGAAGGUGCUGAAAAGCGGUCCUAACGACAACGUGUUCAUCUUCUACUCUGGCCAUGGUGGGACUUCCCAUAUUGCCUUCCUAGAAGAAUAUGUGUAUGCCUUGGAGUUGAACGAUACCCUCGCCUACAUGCAUUCAAAAAAAAUGUUCAACAAAUUGGUGCUGUACAUGGAUGCUUGCUACUCUGGCUCUAUGUUUAAAGAUGUUCUUCCUCCAAAUAUGGGGAUCUACGUGAAAACAUCAGCCAACGGAGGCGAAAAAUCCUGGGCUAUUUUUUGUUUUGACAAGGAAAUCGAAGUUUGUCUCGCGGAUGAAUACUCUUAUGACUGGAUUUUAGAUUCCGAAUACAACGACCUAAAACGGCGUACACUGAAGGAACAAUACGAGGAGGUGAAAAGGAUUACAGUGUUUAGUCACGUAAUGAAAUACGGUGAAAUGGCGAUGGAAAGUCUUCCAGUUGGAAAGUUCCAAGGUCAUUAUAAUCUACUGAUGCACCGGAAAGAUGGUGCGAUACCACCGAAUGCUGUAGAUAGAAAUCACUCCUGCCAGGCGCACUUGUUUUCAAAGUGUCGACGCUUGAUGCUGGCCGCAACCCAGGAAGAACAUGAAACCGCUUGGCGAAAGCUGCACCGUGCACUUCAGCUUGGCCACAUCGCCAGGGAAACUUUCCGUGACAUCGUCGUGGAUGUGACAACCCACCACAAGCCAACGCUAAAGGGCUUUUCCAAGAGGGAUGAGCUCAUAUGUUUCAAGUCAGUACCCGAGGUAGCCCAGCAUACAACUCAUUUGAUGGAGCUGUGCAAAGCCGGAUACGAAGCUGAAACCCUGAUAGACUCUGUCCACAACGUCUGUUCCUAAGAGACACGUCGCAUGUUGCCUGAUUUUGCCAAAAUACAAUGAAACAAAACUAGC